AUGACGUGGCGCACGUCGGUGGGCAAGGGCAAUGCCUUCGCAUACCCACGGUGCAUCGCCGGCGAUAAGCACAAACUCGAGCCGCACCAGAUCACCCUGCUUGAGAGCAACAUCUUCCUGAACUGUGCGACGAACCCGUACUAUAAUAAUAAGGCGACGACGGCCGAAGAGAAGAAAACCCUCUCAGUCCAGGUGGAGCCGUGCAAGAAGCCCGACGAUGCCGACACGCAGUUCUGCAUCGACGUGUCCGGCUUUGAUGAAAAGGGGUUCGAGGCUACGAUCCUCCGUGAAAAUAAAAAGGACGAAAAGCCGCCUGCCGAAGACGAGUCGCUCGUCAUCCCAGUUUCCUCGCUUGCCGCUGUUGUCGUAGGUGGCGCCGUUGCCCUCAUCGCUCUGGUGGUCUUCAAAAGGCGCCUAAUUGUGGCUAGGAAGGCUGAAGCCGUGGAUCGCACCGAGUCCGGCGACUACGCGGCGGGUGGCGCGCUCGAAUUCAACGCUGGCUGGCAUGAUGGAUGGGCAGAUCCACUGGCAGACGAUCACGAGGAGCGAAUGUCCAACUACAACAAGCCGAUCCGCCGCAUUAACCGCUUCCUGAUGCAGACCAAAUCGGACAAGGAUGUUCCGGAAACGGCCGAGGUGGAACUGCCGCCAGGACUACUAGUCCCCCUGCCGUCCCCAGCGACAGCCACCGAUGCCACUGCGACACAAUCAUCGUCGGCUAAUGUC